AUAUUGCAUGACAACAAGCAGUGUAUACAGCAGCUGAAAGAGAUUCUGAGCAAAACGUGAAAUAAAUCUCUCUCAAUUAAAGACAAGAUGAAUGUUUUGAAAAAGUCAGGAGCCAAUACAGCUUUCCCACCAGUGAUUUCUUUAAAUGUGGGAGGGACAAUCUACACCGCUUCAUUGGCGACCCUCACAAGAUAUUCAAAAUCGAUGCUUGCUGCAAUGUUUAGCGGCCGUAUGCCCCUUGAGACAGACACAAAUGGCAACUAUUUUAUCGAUAGAGAUGGCAAACUAUUCCGCUAUGUUUUGAAUUUCUUGAGAUCUGGACAGCUUCAUUUACCGAAGGGAUUCGCCGAAGUUGAGCAGUUAAAACAAGAAGUGGAUUUUUAUCAGUUGAAAGACAUGGUAGCUCAUUUAAAUAAAGUUUCUAGCACAGAGACACCGCGGUUAAACCAAGGAAGUAGAUGCUACGAACACGUUGAACUAGUCUGUCGUCCCCGGUUUGUUGAAGUAUUUGGUAAUAAAGCUACGAUGGAAGAGUGUUUUAAGAAAUCCAUGUUUUCGCCCUUUAUAACCGUCGAGAGUACAACAACGACGGAAGGUACAGUGAAUCUGGAAGUCAAAAUCACAAACCGCCGAGGGGAUUUUGUCGGCAAUGAACCGAAGACAACAAUACUACAAGCACUGGGAAACAAAGGGUUUAGUGUGGUUUCAGCGGGAUAUUUACAAGAUCAGAAAAGCCCAGCUAUAAGAGAAGUUAUAUUAUUGUCGCGUGUUGUAUGAUGAUGAUCAUGGCUUUAAUUGCAAUAUUUCGGUGUAAUGUUGUAUAUCUUUAUAUAUAACUACAUAUAUAUAUAUAUAUAUAUAUAUAUAUAUAUAUAUAUAUAUAUAUAUAUAUAUAUAUAUAUAUAUAUAUAUAUAUAUAUAUAUAUAUAUAUAUAUAUAUAAAAUAAGUAUAUUAUAAAUCCUGAUGGUGACUAAAGAUUUGAAAACGACGAUUCAAAAUGACGAUUUCCACAGGAAUUCUCCAAGGCUCAGUUAUUGGACAAUUAUAAUACUGACUGAUAUCUUGAAAUCAUUUGCUUGAAUCAUUAUCGUAUACCAGAGUAUUAUAUGCAAGAAAAUGAACUAAGUAAUAAAAUGGCUUAAUUAAUGCAAAAAAGUUAUCAAUAAACACAGAAUUUUUAAAAAUCACAAAAUAUGAUGUGAUGCUGAUUUUAAUAUUAAACUAAAUAAUAA